CACAAAGAAGCAUAAAAAACCCCAAUAUACUCAACAAUCAAGCAAACAACAACAAAACAACAGAGAGAGAGAGAAAAUUGGAUAGUGAAGAAAGAUAAGGGAGAGAUGUAUAUGGAUUUAGGGCAGGGAAUUGGAAAUUGGAUAUAUAAGUAGAGUGAAAUUUUGACGGGGUAAAAAGAAGGAAUAGGGAAAAUCUAAAGCAGGAAUGGGGUAAAAGAAACAGGGCAACAAAAGGGGGAAAUUGAGGUAGAGAGUUUCGGCAUAAAGGUAACGUUGAGGUAGAGAAAAAUGAUGCUAAAGGAAAGAUGAAAAUAGAAUGUAGAACACUAAUCCCAAAAUAUAAUAAAGAAAAAAUAAAAUGAGAGAGUCCCGGCGGCUGCUGCAAGCCUCGGAGAGAGGGCUGCCUUCGAGUUCUGACCGAGGCCAGACAGUCCCGCUUCUCCCGUUUGAGUCGAUUGAGAGCGGCAGCCGCGCCCUCCACCGCCAGCUGCUCCGCACGCGCUCCGCACCUGAGUGUUUCACUUCAGCACUGUGCCCCCUCUGAGUCUGGGAACUCAUUACACAAUGACAAAUGGAGGCAGCAUUAACAGUUCUACACAUUUACUGGAUCUUUUGGAUGAACCAAUUCCAGGCGUUGGUACAUAUGAUGAUUUCCAUACUAUUGAUUGGGUCCAGGAGAAAUGUAAAGACAGAGAAAGGCAUAGACGGAUCAACAGCAAAAAGAAAGAAUCAGCAUGGGAAAUGACGAAAAGCUUGUACGAUGCGUGGUCAGGAUGGCUAGUGGUAACACUGACAGGAUUGGCAUCCGGGGCAUUGGCUGGAUUAAUAGACAUUGCUGCUGAUUGGAUGACUGACCUCAAGGAAGGCAUUUGCUUUAAUGCUUUGUGGUACAACCAUGAACAGUGUUGUUGGGGAUCUAUUGAAACAACAUUUGAGGAGAGGGAUAAAUGUCCACAGUGGAAAACAUGGGCAGAGUUAAUUAUAGGUCAAGCAGAGGGUCCUGGUUCUUACAUCAUGAACUACAUAAUGUACAUCUUCUGGGCCUUGAGUUUUGCCUUUCUUGCUGUUUCUUUGAUAAAGGUAUUUGCUCCAUAUGCCUGUGGCUCUGGAAUUCCAGAGAUUAAAACUAUUUUGAGUGGAUUCAUCAUCAGAGGUUACUUGGGAAAAUGGACUUUAAUGAUUAAAACCAUCACAUUAGUACUGGCUGUGGCAGGAUUGAGUUUAGGAAAAGAAGGUCCCCUGGUACAUGUUGCCUGUUGUUGUGGAAAUAUUUUUUCUUACCUCUUUCCAAAGUAUAGCACAAAUGAAGCUAAAAAAAGGGAGGUGCUCUCAGCUGCCUCAGCUGCAGGUGUUUCUGUGGCCUUUGGUGCACCGAUUGGAGGAGUUCUUUUUAGCCUGGAAGAGGUUAGCUAUUAUUUUCCUCUUAAAACUUUAUGGAGAUCAUUUUUUGCUGCUUUAGUUGCUGCAUUUGUUUUGAGAUCCAUUAAUCCAUUUGGUAAUAGCCGUCUGGUCCUUUUUUAUGUGGAGUAUCAUACACCAUGGUACCUUUUUGAACUGUUUCCUUUUAUUCUCCUCGGGGUAUUUGGAGGGCUUUGGGGAGCCUUUUUCAUUAGGGCAAAUAUAGCUUGGUGUUGUCGACGCAAAUCCACCAAAUUUGGAAAGUAUCCUGUCCUUGAAGUCAUUAUUGUUGCAGCCAUCACUGCUGUGAUAGCUUUCCCUAAUCCAUAUACUAGGCUCAACACCAGUGAACUGAUUAGAGAGCUUUUUACAGACUGUGGGCCCCUGGAAUCCUCUUCUCUUUGUGACUACAGAAAUGACAUGAAUGCCAGCAAAAUUGUUGAUGAUAUUCCUGAUCGUCCAGCAGGCGUCGGAGUAUAUUCAGCUAUAUGGCAGUUAUGCUUAGCACUCAUAUUUAAAAUCAUAAUGACAGUAUUCAUUUUUGGUAUCAAGGUUCCGUCAGGCUUGUUCAUCCCCAGCAUGGCCAUCGGAGCGAUUGCAGGGAGGAUUGUGGGCAUUGCAGUGGAGCAGCUUGCAUAUUAUCACCAUGACUGGUUUAUCUUUAAGAAGUAGUGUGAGGUUGGGGCUGACUGCAUUACUCCUGGCCUCUAUGCCAUGGUUGGUGCUGCCGCAUGCUUAGGUGGAGUGACAAGGAUGACCGUCUCCCUGGUGGUUAUUGUUUUUGAGCUUACUGGAGGCCUGGGAUAUAUUGUCCCCCUUAUGGCUGCAGUAAUGACCAGUAAAUGGGUUGGAGACGCCUUUGGUAGGGAAGGCAUUUAUGAAGCGCACAUUCGGUUAAAUGGAUACCCUUUCUUGGAUGCAAAAGAAGAAUUCACUCAUACCACCCUGGCUGCUGAUGUCAUGAGACCUCGAAGGAAUGAUCCUCCCUUAGCUGUCCUGACACAAGAUAACAUGACAGUGGAUGACAUAGAAAACAUGAUUAAUGAAACAAGCUACAAUGGCUUUCCUGUCAUAAUGUCAAAAGAACCUCAGAGAUUAGUAGGAUUUGCCCUCAGAAGAGACCUGACAAUUGCAAUAGAAAGUGCCAGAAAGAAACAAGAAGGUAUCGUGGGCAGCUCUCAUGUGUGCUUUGCACAGCACACCCCGUCUCUGCCAGCAGAAAGUCCGCGGCCCUUGAAGCUUCGCAGCAUUCUUGACAUGAGCCCUUUCACAGUGAUGGACCACACCCCCAUGGAGAUCGUGGUGGAUAUUUUCCGAAAGCUGGGCCUGAGGCAGUGCCUUGUAACUCACAAUGGGAUUGUCUUGGGGAUCAUCACAAAGAAGAACAUAUUAGAGCAUCUCGAGCAACUAAAGCAGCACGUCGAACCCUUGGCGCCUCCUUGGCAUUAUAACAAAAAAAGAUAUCCUCCGUCAUAUGGCCCAGACGGCAAACCAAGACCCCGCUUCGGUAAUGUUCAACUGAACCCCGUAGAUGAGGACAGAGAGGAGGCAGAAGAGGAAGUUCAUUUGUUGAAUAGCACAACUCUGUAACCUGAGGGAGUCGUCUACCUAUAGUUCUCCUUUAAACAAAAAAAGAAAGAAAAAGAAAAUAUAAAAGCCAGGGUUUUGCAACAUGCUUUGCAAAUAAUGCUGGUGGAACAGAGGAAUUGUUUGGGGGAGGGAAAGGAGAGAGAAGGAAAUGAGUGAGGUAUUUCCCCGUCUAAGGAGAGCAGCCAACCACCUCCUGUCAUUCUGCACUGGAUGCGUUCAACUGAGGAUGUGCCAUGAAAGUGCAGACUUGAGCCCCAAAGGAGAGGGCCCUGGAGCCCUGGAGCACCCGGCCUGUUACUCCAACAUCGCAAAGACGUGUUAUCAGUCCCCGUUUCUGGAGGGGUUACUUUGAAUUGAGCCAUCUAUAAGACUGCAGGUCUUGCCCUUUUUUAAUCAAAACUGUUCUGUUUAAUUCAUGAAUUGUAUAGUUAAGCAUUACCUUUUUACAUUCCAGAAGAGCUUCUCUCUCUUUCUCUCUCUGUAACAAAGCCUCUUUAAAUUGGUGUGCCCUUUUGAAGCAAUCCUUUCUCAUAUUGAGAUGUACUGUGAUUUUACUGAGGUUUCAUCACAAGAAGGGAGUGUUUCUUAUGCCACUAACCAUGUAGUUUUUUUUACCAUCACUGAAUGCUUGGAGCCGACACAUGCACCAUAACAAAGGCCGAUCAAACAGGUACAAUCUUGAAUGAAGCAUGAAUGAGAUCUCUCAGCUUUGUGCUGUGUGGUUCAGGAUCUUUUUGUUUUUCCCCCUCUCAGAUUUUACGGAUAAUGUGACCUGGUCUUAUGCAUAUUUUCUAUUUCUAAAACUGCUAUGAAAUACAAGUACUGUUCAGCAUAAGGAAGCACCGUGCUACUGCUCUGACAGUAAAGAGAAGUAACUAUUCUGUUUAGCUAUAUCUGGAAUUAACUGCAUGUUUAAACACUGGAAUUUUUUUCUUCUUCUUGAAAUUAGAUCAGUAAUUU